AUGACGGGAGCUAAACGCAACACGCCUAAACAACAGGCCCGACACCACCGACCAGAGAAGCGUCCGCCCCUAACGCAUUUUCUAUGUCUCCCACUAGUCAACUCUACCUCUCUGCCCCAAUUGGAGUCAUCGAUUGCAACAUUCAGGGCGGAAUGUCCACCAGUACCAGUCGCAGAUUUGCCAGAUGCCUCAAAGAAGCAGGAUGCUUCGCGCGCGAUCAUUCCGGAAGGCGCCGUGCGUCCGUUAGGCACGUUGCAUCUCACUCUUGGAGCCAUGAGCCUCUCCACAAAGGAGCGGCUCGAAGAGGCACUCCGAUUCUUUCAAUCGCUUGAUCUUGCCGGCCUAAUGCGCGAAGCGGAGCGGGUGGCCAUGGAGUUGCGUGAAAAGGACAAGUCUCGCGCCCGCUCAUCUGCCACGGAUAAACACCCAGGAGAUAUUGAAUCCCAAGAAUCUGUACCCGAGACAGCGCGGGCUUCCAAUACCCUUAGCGUUUCUCUCGAGUCGUUACAUUGCCUACCACGGGCAAAAGCCGCGACUGUUCUGCACGCCUCCCCCAUAGAUCCCACUGGUCGAUUAUAUCCAUUCUGUCUGAUGCUGCGGGACAAAUUUCUCGAGGCUGGCUUUCUACAGGGCGAAAGCAAAGACAAGCAAAAGGAUGAUAUGGAAGACGCUCAAGAUAAACAACCUCCCCCCGAGUCUGAAGCCGGUCCUAAAUCAUUGGACCCCUACACAGCCGCUCUCACCCGCAAACCAAAGCCACGUCCUCUACUUUUGCAUGCAACCGUCGUGAACACAAUUUACGCCCGGGGACGACCAAAGCAUCGGACCGACGCUAUAAGUCCUAAGAAAGAAAAGAAUAAAUCGAGACGUCUUGAACUCGAUGCUCGAGAUCUACUAGCUCGCUACCGGGAUUACUACGCCGAUGAAGCGCGGACGAUACCUCGAGCAGGUUUUAACUCCACACGCUCCGAUAGCACGCAAGUCGCAGAGAAUGAGGUCACCCGUGGCGAGACGGGAUCUGCAAUGUCACCUCAGUAUCCGUUCGUCUGGGCGAAAGAUGUACAAAUUGACACGGUGUGUAUCUGUGAAAUGGGCGCAAAGAAACUCAGUCUCGACUCUGAUCAUGCAGCCUUGAAUGCGCGGUUAGGCGAGAAAUAUACUGUCAUUGCAGAACGGAGUCUUGAGGCACCGCAGAGUUCCAUAUUGGCCCGGCCAGGGAGCGCGGGAGGUGAUGGAGGGGUGAAGCUGAGCUAG